AUGAAUCUAAAAUUAGGUCCAAGCUUGAAAAUUAAUAUUUGGGAAGAAUGUUUAGAAAGUAAUGUUCUGAAAAUUAUAUUAUUUAGUGGCUCAAAAAAUGGUUUCUUGAAUUUGAUUAACAAUUUUCCUUCUAUUACGAACGUGUCAACAGUGGAAGUUGAACAUACAAAAGAUACUGAGCUUAAUAUAGCAAAGAGACCAGGUAUUGGCACGCUCGGAACAACUAUUCAAUAUAAGUGCAAUUACUAUAAGAUAACAAGGUUUCCAAAUGCUACCAUAAAUCAUUACGGUUUCGAUAUUAUCCCCAAAGCAAAUAAAGAUACAAUCGCGUAUGUUUACGAUAAAUUAGCUUAUCAAAAUGGGUUUAACGGCGUUUUUGACGGUAACAACUCAAUUUAUUCGGCAACUCCUUUAAAUCUCGAGAAUGAGAAGGGUGGAAACCUUUUUGAGUUGCAAGUAUCACAAAGUGGUGAUUUUAGAGUUCGUAAUGGUUCUUAUAAAGUCACAAUCCGGUUUAUUCAAGAACUUUCUUUCGAUGAACUUCAAAAAUUUGUUUCGGGAAGCAUUGCUUCCGUCGGUGAGGUGAUUAAGUGUAUUAUGGCAUUAAACGCGUAUAUCAAUUUUACUGUUCGUCAUAAUUAUCCUUCCAUUGGGAGAAGUAUUUUUCCACAUUCACGUCAAGUCGUUUGUCCCGAUCUUGACUUAAACCCAAUCAUCCUUCCUGGUGCAUUUGAAUUAAGACUAGGAUUUUAUCAGUCAUUACGUCCCGUAUGGAAUUCCUUGGCAAUAAAUGUAGAUGUUUGCGCAAGUGUAUUUUAUUUAGGAGGUCCCUUCCUGGAAGUGAUAGCAAGGUUACUUAAUAAACAUAGUAUAGACGAAUUCCGGCAAGGACUGUCAUCACGUGAAUGGACGAUAUUAGCAAAAUUCGUAAGACGUCUAAAAAUACGCACUAUUCAUCGUGGCCAACGUAGGCCUGUGUACAUUGUUCGAAAAUUAUCAACCGAACCAGCCGAUCGAUUAUAUUUUAACAUAAACGAAGCCAAAGUUUCUGUCGCUGAAUACUUCUAUAGGACUUAUAAUCGUCGAUUAAGUUUUGAAAAUUUACCAUGCGUUAUGGUAAGAAAUGAUGUAUAUUUACCACUGGAAGUAUGCGACAUUUUACCCGGUCAACGAUUCGAUGGCCAAUUAGCUGAUUCUACCCACGCAGAAAUGAUUAAGCAUACUUGUAUUAAACCUAGUGAGAGGUUUAAUCGAAUCUCAAGAGCAGUUCAAGGAAUAUUUAAACAUAGUAGGGAUCCGCAUAUAAAUUCUAUUGGUAUGGACGUUGAUAAAGAAAAUAUGUUAAUUGAUGGCCGCGUACUUGAUCCUCCAACAAUUGAGUACAAUUCUAAAAGUGUAAAUCAAACACAUGUCCCCAAAGACGGUCGAUGGAACCUUUUAAAUAAGAUAGUUGUUCAAGGAAAAAACCUUGAAAAUUGGUCGGUAUUAGUUUUUGGCACAAGAGUGCCAGAGCCGAGCAUAGAGCAAUUUAUGAGACAAUUUCGAGAAACUGCUAAUCAAAAGGGUUUGAACGUAUCAAAUAAACCGAAGAUAUCGUAUGCUAGUCCCAUAGGAAACAUUGAACAAGCUUUAUAUCAAGCUUGUUUGGAUGCCCGAAUCAAUAAAGAAUUACCUCCGCAAUUAGUUUUUUGUAUAAUGGAACAAACUGGUCCUUUAUAUGGUGAGAUAAAGCGCGUGGGUGAUACUAUAUUAGGUGUACCUACCCAAGUCCUCUUGUCAAAACUUAUCACCAAGCGAUCAGGACUUGAUCAAGUUUGUGCAAACAUAUCCCUCAAAGUAAAUGUAAAGUUAGGAGGGAAAAACAGUUUGCUGUCAAGAGGACAACUCAAAUUUGUGUCUCAAGUUCCGACAAUGAUAUUUGGAGCAGAUGUGUUCCAUCCGGGCAGAGGGGAACGUAAACCCAGCGUUGCCGCUGUUUGUGCAUCUAUGGAUAUAGAUGCUGUCGUAUAUGCCGGGCGUUAUAGCGUUAAUAAAUUGCCACGCAAUGAAACUAUAGAAAAUCUUGAAGAUAUGGUAAACGAUUUGCUUCGUGCCUUUUGGGAAAGAAAUAUGUCACUUCCAAAUCGUAUACUCUUUUAUCGUGAUGGAGUGUCAGAAGCACAAUUUCAACAUAUUUUAAAUAUUGAAGUGAAAUCAAUAAAAGCAGUAAUAUCACGUUGCUACAAACCUGGAUCUGAACCUACUCUUACGUUUAUUAUCGUCCAGAAAAGACACCAUACACGGUUCGUACCAGAGAAUGCUCGUGAUGGUGACAGACACGGAAAUUGUAACCCUGGCACAGUUAUUGAUACCUCAGUAGUUGUUCCUCACGAAUUCGAUUUUUCUCGCCCUGUUCAUUAUAAUGUUUUAUACGACGAACAUAGUUUCUCAGCAGAUGAAAUACAAACACUUACAUAUAGGCUUUGUUAUCUUUCGGCGAGGUGUACGUUAUCAAUAUCACUCGUGCCACCCGUGUACUACGCACAUUUGAUUGCAAAUCGUGCAAGACACUACCUUAAAUGGGAGGAAGAAAGUUCUGAAGUGAGCGGUGCUAGUGUUUCUACAAUUUCAGACGUGAAGGAUGUGAUGCAAAAUUCUAUGUUCUUUAUUUGA